AGUCUGACGUCAAACCAGGAAAAGGAAGCGUAUGUAACGUCAGGGUCAGGGAGAAGCUUACGCACAGAGCUCAGGGAGAAUGGCAGAAACAAGCAUGGGUGCCUUAUGUGUGGCGAAGACUCUCCUCGGAAGUACAGCCGCCGGUUUUGUGUUCGGACAAGCUGUCUCGUUCGCAGUCGAGCCCGCUCUGAUUGAGGACGCCGCCCUACUGCACGCCGCCACUCGAGCGGCUGGACGUGCCGGUUCAACGGGUGUGGCGGUGGUGACGGCGUGCCUCGUGUUCACGUCGGCGCUCCUGUCUCUGGGAGCGGGUUUUCUUCUCAGCGCCGCGGUGCUGAAGCUGCUCACUAAAGCAGGAGUGAGACAGCCGUGGCUGGUGGGGGCCACGUUGGGGUCCUCGGUCGCCGUCGGCGCAGUCUCCAUCGGCGCGUUGGAGGGCAUCCUUCCACCGUGGCUCUACAUCACGGCUCAGGGCGCUCUGGUUCUUUUGGUGUACUCGUACUCCAACAUCAGCGACAUGACAACAGCUCUGGUAAUCAUCUUCACCACUCUGUAUCUCAGCGUCGUGUAUGGAAAAUUGGGCGCCCUACGCGGGUUCUUCUGCAUGGUGCUGACCGUCUCGGUUCUCUUUGUUCUACGACGAACUCUGACCGGAAGGUCGCGACGACAACCCCAAUCAAACCCCGGGGGCAAAUUGUUAGAGAGGAUCUUCUUCUACUCUGUUUUUGUGGGGAUUCUGGGGUUUUUAGUUGGUUUGGGGGCAGGGGGAGCAGAAGAAGGCACGAAAGCACAAGUGGUUUUAAUGCUACAGUCAGUGCUUUGGGUGGUGUUUCUGUCUGGCGGGCUGCUGGGAGCUGGGCUGGGAACAGUGGCCAUGGUUGGACUGGGGUCAGAGGUGACUGGGAAGGUUGGGGUGGGCGCUGCUGUUGUAACAUCAAUGGCUUUGAGGGCUGUUCUACUCUGGAGCUCCGAUCUGGGCCCCAGAAGCUGCACAGGAGCAACUUUAGGGGCAACCACAGCUGCAGGAGUGUCCCUCGGCGCUGCGAGUGUUGCAGCAAAACGAAGCUUCGGCUCUAGGAAUUCCACAUUGGCAGUCUUAGGUUCUGUUGCCUUCGGCGUACUUGUAGCCCUAAAGGUUCCCGGAAUGACAGCAGCACAGCUGACAACCUCCGAACUGAUAACAGUGACAGUCACAGCAGCGGCGGCAUUCAUCCUGGGAGCACCGAAGAGCCCGUUCCACACGCCGGUGAAUCUGCAGCAGGGCCAUCUCGCGGGGACGGAGCUAAUUAAAGGAAUCGGCAUGGAGACGGUCACCGCAGCAGCGGCGCCUAUUGGAGCCGGGGCUCUGGGGGCGGCAGCUUUGGGCACGGCAGCUCUGGGGAUGCUGGGGACUGUAGGAGUUCUAGUGGCUAUCGGGUUGGCUUUGGGAAGCGCUCUCAGCGGUAUGUUAGGAAAAUCACCAUCAACAACCAACGCGCACAGAGACUGAAUAACGACAGAGUUUACAUCUGGUUCUCCUGCUGGACUCAGACUUUGGCAUUUUGGUGCUACAAGUUUGUACCAACGAAGAAGAGAACUGCCAUGAUGACAUAUUUUCUGUUUUUUGUAAAAAUGUGAGGUUUAUGUCAUAAGAACAUACUGUUUUGUGUGUUCCUGUUUUGAAAAAACAACAGCAACAGUGUUUUAGGAUUAAUAAAAAGACCGUUUUUGUAUUAUGAUUUUAAUGAGAGCUCCUCUUCUGUCUUUCUCAGUUCUGCGCACCAGCACAUUUCCCUUGACAUGACUCUUAAGACUUUAGUGUCAUCUUAACAACAGUAACAGAGGAUCUGCUGUUUACCAGUGGGAGAGGUUGGGGGUGGGAGGAAACAGAGGACUUAUCAGAGCACAGAAAAGCCUCUGAGAGGUGAUUGUGGUUUUUACAUACAAGUUUCUGAUGCCGUUUAGCCAUUUUAGACAUGCAAUUCCCUGAAAUGGAUAGCUGCACAUGGUUCCCUUUCCACCGUGAAACUCAACAGGACGUGGAAACUAAAGGAGGUCAUAUUUCCACUAAGAAAUGUUAGUUUUGGAGGAAAAAAAACAAUGAUGAAAUGAUGCCAACCGUCAUAAAAGGUAAGAACCUUUCGUAAGGAUUUUAUAUGCAUCCAGGGACUGAGUCUUUUUUAAGAUUCAAUGUUUUUUUCAUGCGUUGGAUGGAAACUCUUGCAUCUUUUCCAAGGAUCUUGGCAUUCAUUUGGGAAUACCGUCACGUAAACCUAAUGGAUUACCUUUGAAUGAACAGCAUGCCUCUGGACCGGGUCAACACGACAAACACAGAGCGGUCCACUGAGUGCUCUGCCGAGUAUUCGGGGCCGGCACCCAGUGACCCGGGUCGUACCCGGGAUGUGGCCGUCCUCCAGUCGGGCUGCUGCCGCUUCCUGCCACGGGCGGCGCGCCUCACCUUUACCCCCGAGUCCCUGGAGAGGCUUUACCAGAACUACUUUCGCCGGCGGAGAGAGGAGAACCUGCUGGUCCUGAUGUUGUUCGGCGUCCUCUUCAACAGCUUCAUCAUCAUCAUGUGCGCGGUGGUGUACACCGAGGACAAGCUGGCAAUGGUGGUGGUCGCAGCCGUGGGGCUGUCGGCGGACGUGGUUCUCUACCUGCUGUGCUGGUUCCAAAAACUGCCGGCGUCGCCUGUGGCACGAGGAGCGGUGCCCUACGUGCUGUGGCUGAUGGUCACCGUCCAUGUUUUGUGUUACAUGGGACUGAACUAUGAGCGCUUCUCUGAUGCGAGCGACUCUGUGGGCUGGCAGGCUUUCUUCAGCUUCUCCAGCUUUCUGACCUUACCGCUGAAUCUGGUGCCCCUCGUCCUGCUCACGGCCCUCUCCUGUGGGGUACACACCCUGGCUCUGGGGGUCACUGUGGCCCAAAGGUUUGGGGAUAAUCUUCAGGGGCCCAUGCUGGUGAGACAGCUGCUGGCCAACGUGAUGCUGUACCUGUGUGCAGCCAUGGUGGGUGUGAUGUCAUUCUACAUGGCCGACAGGAAAUACAGGACGGCGUUUUUGGAAGCUCGUCAGUCACUGCAGGUCAAGCUGACUCUGGAGGAGCAGAGCACCCAGCAGGAGGAACUAUUGCUGUCCAUCCUGCCGAAGCAUAUUGCCGAUGAGAUGCUGCAGGGCAUGAAGAACCAGGCCAAUCAGAACGAUGGCCAGCAGCAUCAGCAGUUCAACACCAUGUACAUGUACCGCCAUGAAAACGUCAGUAUCCUCUUUGCGGACAUAGUGGGCUUCACCCAGUUAUCCUCAGCCUGUAGCGCACACGAGCUGGUAAAGCUGCUCAACGAACUGUUUGCCCGCUUCGAUAAACUGGCCUCGCAACAUCACCAACUGAGAAUUAAGAUUCUUGGAGACUGCUACUACUGCAUCUGUGGCCUGCCAGACUUCAGGGAAGAUCACGCCGUUUGCUCCAUAAUGAUGGGCCUUGCAAUGGUGGAAGCAAUCUCGUAUGUGCGGGAAAAGACAAAAACCGACGUGGACAUGCGCGUGGGCGUUCACACAGGCACUGUGCUCGGCGGAGUCCUCGGCCAGAAACGGUGGCAGUUUGACGUCUGGUCAACAGAUGUCACAGUGGCCAAUAAGAUGGAGUCUGGAGGAAUCCCUGGGAGGGUGCACAUUUCCCAGAGCACCAAGGACAGUCUGCAUGGGGAAUUUGAGGUUGAGCCUGGAAAUGGGGGAGAGAGGUGCGAGUACCUGCUGGAGAAAGGAAUUGACACUUACCUGGUUCUCAAACCGAAGCAGGAAGCAAAUGGACUUAAUGGACGUGCACCAGGUGCACUGACCAGCAGAAAUUCAAAUCUGAUGAUCAAGACAACAACAACCAAUGGGAACACAGUUUCACACCAGACAAUGCUGACUAACCCUAAACAGGUGAUGGCAGAUGAACAAUCAAUCAACAGACGACUGCAGCAGGAGCUCCUGGACAGAGAGUCUCAGCAAAUAAUGAAGGAUAAUAAAAUCAACCCAGUUUCACUGCAAUUUGUGGACGGGAAGUUGGAGGAGCACUACUCCUCAGAGAAGGAGAAGAGAAGCGGCGCUGCUUUCAGCUGCUGCGUCAUCGUGCUCUUUUUCAUCACAGCAAUGGAAGUGUUUAUCGACCCAUUGUUGGUUGUGAACUAUGUGACUCUCGCUGUUGGACAGGUGUUGUUGCUUAUUCUCACCAUUUGUUCCCUGGCUGCUAUCUUUCCAAGAAUGUUUUCCAAGAGGCUGGUUUCGUUCUCGAUGUGGAUUGACCGCACUCGCUGGGCUCGGAACACCUGGGCCAUGGCAGCCAUAUUUGUGCUAACCAUGGCUGUAAUAGCCGACAUGCUAAGCUGUGUACCGCCAUCGCUGCGGCUCUUCAACAGUACCUAUGGUCCGAUGCUGGAGUCACUUGGCGACCGAGGCUGUGCCGAAAAUCCAAAGUAUUACAGCUUCAUGGCUGUGAUGUCACUCAUCGCGACCGCCAUGUUGGUGCAGGUCAGCCAUCUGAUCAAACUGGGUCUGAUGGUGCUAGUGGUCACGGCAACUGGAGCUGUUAAUAUCUACAGCUGGAGGGACAUAUAUGACCUGUAUGACUUCAUACAGUUUGCCUCCUACAGAACAUCCAUGGUACCAUCAAAGUAUCUGAUGACAAUGAUGAUUAUCGUCAUGAUGAUAAGCUUUUACGUCUUCGCUCGCCAUCUGGAGCAUCAGUCCAGGAAGCUGUUCCUGUGGAAGAUCGGGGUGCAUGACCAGAAGGAGCGGGUGUUUGAGAUGAGGCGCUGGAACGAGGCACUGGUGACCAACAUGCUGCCAGAGCAUGUGGCCAAACACUUUCUGGGCACUAAAAUGAGAGACGAGGAGCUGUACAGUCAGUCUUAUGAUGAAAUUGGUGUGAUGUUUGCCUCCAUUCCAAACUUUUCUGACUUCUACACUGAAGAGGGCAUCAACAAUGGAGGCAUCGAGUGUCUCAGGAUCCUCAAUGAGAUCAUCUCCGACUUUGACAGUUUAUUGGACCGAGAGGACUUCAGGUACAUCACAAAAAUCAAGACGAUAGGAAGCACAUACAUGGCCGCGUCUGGACUAACGCCAGAGAGUAACACUAACGGAUACGGCAGCCGCAAGCCAGAGGAACAGUCGCUCAUAGAACGCUGGCAGCACCUAGCUGCCCUGGCAGACUUUGCCCUGGCCAUGAAGGUCACCCUUGAUAAUCUCAACAAGCAGUCCUUUAACACCUUCAUGCUACGCAUUGGGUUGAAUAAAGGAGCUGUUCUGGCGGGAGUGAUUGGAGCCCGUAAACCUCACUACGACAUAUGGGGUAACACCGUCAACGUGGCCAGCAGAAUGGAGUCGACUGGCGUGAUGGGGAACGUCCAGGUGGUGGAGGACUGCUAUGACAUCCUGAAGGAGUACGGCUUCCGCUUCAUCCGAAGAGGGCCCAUAUUUGUCAAGGGAAAAGGCGAGCUGCUUACCUUUUUCAUGAAAGGGAAAGACAAGCCCAGCUGCAAAGCAAGUCCAGGAACAACUACUCUCCCUCACCAGGUUGAGGACCCUUCCUGACUUUUUUUCACCUGGGCAUUUCAAUUAACAUGCAAACAGACUUAAAGACAAUGCUAGCUUUGCUCCAUUUUUCUUGUAAACAGAUUCUUUUUUUUCCCCAACAUAUUUUGAUAUACUCUAUCGCCUCUGUUAACAACCUAAAUGUACAUAGACCAGCAAAAUGAAACACUUUUACGCCCUGAUUAUGACUAUUAGAAAACUGAAAUAAAGUUUUGUGAAGCUGUUUCAAAAUAGCGCCUGACACUAAACACAUUGGAACAACCAAACCUGCAGCAUUUUUCCUUUUUAAGUGCCAAGCGAUAUAGGGGGGACAUACACAAAUAAAUGACACAAUACUUAUGUUGUCUUCGGUGUAAAUUGAAUUGUUCAAAACACAAACUAGUUGCAAGGAAAUCACAAGCAAACAUGGCUGUUAAUUCCACACUUAAAUCCAUGAAAUUAGAAUCCGUUUGGAACCAGAUGAGUUCUUUCAUGGGAUGUUCACCUGGCCUGUCUUACUCUCACUGAUGACAUGAAGGACUUAUUCUUUCUUUUUUUUAUUUGUUGAUAUUGAAGUGUGUGAUGUCAUCAUACUCUAAUAUUUAAGUCUAAAGCCCUAAAGUAUGGGGAUCUCUAAUUAUAGUUGGUAGAAUGUACACCUGUGCUCAUAUUUCCCAUGGAUAUGUGUAGCAAAUGUAACAUACUUUGUUUUAGCUUGAGCUCAGUUCUGUUUAGAAAAUAAGCCUAACUAUUGCAUCUCUACUUUUAAUAAAUUAUGUUUAGUCUU